CCAAGUUUUUGUUAGGUGUCCGCAUGCCAAAAAUGUAGGACUGAACAAUCAUUGAAAACUUAAGAAAUACUUCUGUGUUUGUUUGCUCUGGAAGAGGUGGGUGGAACAGGUAGAGUGUGAGACACUCAAACAUGUCUGAAGGAGGCUGGUGCUCAAUGGAGGUGUUUGCUCAUGGAAAUAAGAUCACCUUAUAAAUAUGACUGUGCAGUCAUGCACUGUCAACAUCGGCACACAGGCCGUUCGCUGGGAGGAAUGGGACUGACUGGAUAGUCUGGGAGAAACACUUGUAUGUCCUCUGCUCUCGUUUUUCAAGCUCAAAGAGCUUGUGAGACAGUUAUUGCAGUGGGUCUGUCACUUCCAGCAAGGGAGAACUUUAUGCGAAACUGGGGUUUCGGAGAAGUCAUCCUUCAAAACUGAUGACCUGAGAGUCCGACGUUCUGAGGAGUGCUCUGUGGCCAUUAUGGCAAGUCCAGCCUGGGACCAAGGAGGAGACACACAGCACCUCUAUUGGCCAGACGUCCCAGAGAGCUCCGUCAUCCCAGAGCAGGAUGAUGACAGGUUGAUCCAUGAUCAGCUACGCCUUCCUGGCUUCGACAUGCUUGCCGGAGACAACGGGGAAACGUCGCUGGGAGCGGCGAAGACCCCAAGGGGAGAGCUGGAGAGGAGUAGCAUGGCAGAAGAAUGCAGCCUGGAGCUGGUGCAGAGUAUGGUGGUGGGGGAGGUGCUGAAGGACAUCAAGAUGGCCUGCAAGAUGCUCAACAUCGGACCCAACCCUGCAGAGUGGACAGCAGGCAAUGUCCAGAAGUGGGUGCUGUGGACCGAACACCUGUACAAGCUGCCCCCCAUGGGUGAGGCCUUCCAGGAGCUCGACGGCAAAGACCUGUGUGCUCUGACUGAGGCCGACUUCAGGCAGGUGUCCCUGCACGCCGGGGACAUACUCUACGCCCACUUGGAUAUCUGGAAGUCAGCCUCCCGGAUGCAAGAGUCCAGUUCCCCAAGCGACAGCUGGUCGGACGAAGCUGACUCUCAUGCCCCAGGCCAGACCACCCACCUGUGGCAGUUUCUCCUUGAGCUCCUGCUCCAUCCCCACAGCUAUGGCCGCUGCAUCCGCUGGCUCAACAAGGAGACAGGUAUCUUUAAAAUCGAAGACUCAGCUCAUGUGGCGAGACUAUGGGGUCUACGCAAGAACCGGCCGGCCAUGAAUUACGACAAGCUGAGCCGCUCCAUCCGCCAGUACUACAAGAAGGGCAUCAUCCGCAAGCCCGUUGCCUCUCAGAGCCAGACAUCGCUAAAGAUCAUCAAGAUGGAACUGAAAGUAAUAAUCAUGGCUGUAUUAUCUGUGCAUAUUGCAGAGUACGCAUAAAACAAAAUGUUUGUCUUUCCAUCAAAAUCUGCUACAAAAAUAUGAUCACGUUCUUACAUCAGUUAAUACUGAAGAAAUAUUGUUAUACAAAAUAUUAAAUCGACGUCUUCUUG